AUGAAAGAUCCCUCAGAAUAUCGCUUUGAAUUGGCAUAAAGAUAAAUAAAUGAAAAAAACGAAUAUUAACAAGUAGCAAUAUACAUGCAUUAUGAAAAUAUGAUAAAAAAAAUUAUCAAGUAUCAAUAAAUGUUAGGAUAUCAAAUUAAGUAUGUAGAUUUUUAUAUCAUAUUCGCGAUGAUGGAAAAAUACUAUUUGUUUCCUGAUUUCUUAGGUAUUCCUUUGAGUUAGAAUGAUUUAAGGAAUUAUUAAGAUUCGAUGAUUAAAAUACAGUAAAGUUAUAUUAGAAGUUUUAAUCCGUAAUAUUAAUAAGAUUAUGAACCAUAUAAAACUAACCUACGUAUCACAAAAGAAAAAUAUAGUGAAUUCUAAAAUAUUCAAUACUAAGAAUUAAAAAAAAAAUUAAGCUAAUUUUGA